AUGCGCUCGCUGCCCGAUAUCAACGACGACGCGUUGAUUCUUGUCUUCAACGUCCUGCCAGUUGAUUCCAUACUUGCGUUGCGACAGGUCCUCCAUGCUGGGUACCCGUUUCCUCGACACCGGCUCCCGCUCAUGGACGCGUCGGAGCUAGAGUGGGCCGUGCGUCGUGCCGCUCGCAUUGGCCUGUUCUGGCGCUCGUACACAACGCACCCGCGCAAGCUGGCGGACUUCCAGGCCAGCUAUGGGACAGGGGUUUAUGAUGUGCACUUCCUCCCUGGGUCUGGCGGCAGACGUAUUGUCACCGUUACAAAGGGCAUCUGGUCGGUUAUCAGCGUCUGGGAGAUCGUUUGCAACAAACUCUCCUCGGAGGGUGCGUUUGUGCGGAAAGUCGCAGAGUGGAGCCCAAAAGGAAUCAUUUUCACUGGGCAGCAGUCAAUUGAGAUCUUGUCCUUGCACGAAGUGAACGAUCGCACGUCUGUGCUGAAGUCCAUCAGGACGAUCGACACACGCCUCAAACCGAUCGCACUCCAGGGUAGCCUUGCGGCUAAUUGUGAUGACGCCUCGAAGGCAGUCAUCAUGAAUUGGGAAAAUGGCGCGCAAGCCGUCUUGCGCGGCGCGGAAGAGCCGGUAGACCAGCACUUUCAGUACAACAAGUGCCUGCGGGUCGUCUUUUGCCACAGAAGCGUUCUUGUCGUUAGGGCUCGUUCCAUCGAGCUCUUCGCCAUGCCGGACAUGCAGCCCUCCUCCACACCACCGGUCGCCGAGCAUCCCAUUGCGCGUCAUUCCUUCGGUUGGAUCGAUGGCGUCUCAGUCAGCGUCCAAGCACGUGACCAGGCCGCGGCGCCCGACGCAAUCGCCCCGCUGUCCAUCCUCCUCCGUGCAGAAAGCGACGAUCCCUGGUCGUCGGAUGUGCACAAGCUCGAUCUGUACACGCUCGAGCCGAACCCCCUGUACCUCUACGCAGGCAAUCAGGAUCACGUUUCUCCAUCUGCGUUCCCGUCACCACCAGUGUCUCUUUCGCCUGGUUCGCCCUCACGUAGUCCAUCGCCGCGGAGCUCCGCACACGCAGCGAUGGGCACCCCGUACGUGUUCCCGCCGGUGCACUCGCAGCUGUACUCGCCGUCCGUACGCGGUGUGCUGCGCUGCACAAGCAUCGUGCUGGGCUCGCACGGCACGGCGGUGUGGAUCCAGCCGCGGCCGGCGCACAGCAUGGACCUCACUGCGCUCGACGUGCAUGCGUCCGUGACUCAGGCGCCGGAGACGGCACGCGCGAACGAGACGGUCGCGGGCGCGGUAUUUGCGGGGGCGCUGCAGCGUGAAAACGAGGGGCAUGUGAGCCCGGAUGCACGGAAUCUAUGGAUACAGUCGUUUGGGAGCAGCUACUGGACGUCUAUAGACUACGUGGAAGAGCUGGGUCUGAUUGCGCUGGGGUCAUCACAGGGCAUGUCCUCUCUGCGCUGUGCUCGCCCAAUGAGUCUCUCGUCGUUUUUGUCGUCGUUCCUCCCCGUCGCGCACGCGGACGCGCCUGAGGAGAAGGAAGAGGAGCAGCCUCAGGAGGAGGAGUCUCCCGCCGAGGAGCCAGCUGAAGAGGAAGAGGAGGAGGAGCCUGAGGAUAUCCUGCCUGCUCUGAGGGAGGAGUGCGAGCAGUCGGCAAAGUGCCUCGCUGCAACGAAGCACUUCCAGCACUGCGAGGAGAAGGUCAACGCAGGCAAGGGGUACGCGCAUGAGGAUUGCACUGAGGAAUUCUGUACGUAUCCGUUGAUGACGAGUGUUCGGUAUACUGACUUGAUGCACGAACGCGGCUCGACCUAUAGACCAGCUGGCAAUGCGUGCACUUUACGGAAGCUCACAUGGCAUUUCCAGGGCUGCGUCGCCCCAAAACUCUUCGCCAAGCUGAAGUAA